UUGGCAAUGUUGCAUCAAUCACAUCAAUCUUCAGUUCCACAAUCAGCAAAUUAAAACAAUCAGCACCAAUCUAUGAAAGUAAAUAAUCAAAUAAUAUGGAAGUAUGUAUAAAACGGUGCUUUUAUCAUUUUUACUUAUUUGUGUGACUGUAACCAAAGGUACCAAAAUAAAAGAGGUGGCUGUGAAUAUAGGCCGUAAUAUUACGAUAAGAUGUCCCAUAGAUAAGGCCGGAGAUAUAGAGUGGGCCAGAGACGGUAGAAAGGACAUACAAAACACAGAAUGGAAUGUGUUGGAGGAUGGCACCUUGUUUCUUGCUAAUGUCGAGAAAAAUUCCUCUGGAAUCUACAUUUGUAGCAGGAGGAAUUCUGUAGACUCUGACGAAGUAGCUAAGGUCAACGUUACUGUUAAGACUCCCCCGCCUCCACUGAAAAACGUGGUGGUUCGACCAAGCACCAUCCUAGCUCUUCUUCUGUGGGACCUAGCAGGAGAUGGAGGAUAUCCCAUCGUUAACUUCACAGCACAAUACCGUCUAGCGUAUUCGAAUAGCAGCUGGUUGCCUAUAUCACCGAAUCAUAUAACCCCGAAUUCACGUCAAAUAGAGGUGUACAAUUUAACACCAAACACAACAUAUCAGUUUAGAAUCUGGGCCACAAAUCAAUUGGGCAGAAGUCCCGAAACCGAAGCAUUCGGAACUACUUUAGAUGUGUACAGUGAAGAAGAGUUAGCGCGGCAUCUUCUGCAAGGCGUCGAAACCUUCGAUCGUAGAAUUUGGGCCGUAGCAGUCGGUAUAGUCAUGGGUACCUUGAUUCUUUUGGGUCUUGGCGUGUGUUUUCUGCUGUAUCAUGAAUGCCGGAUAUCUGCUGCAGGUGAGGAACACGAGGUGAUAGAGCUGGUACCGAACAUCAUUUUGAACCCGGGUUUCGACCCGAACACAAACGCUGCUGGCGAUCAAGUACCUGACGAGAACUCGAACAAUGAGACGCCGAUUCGUCUCAACAAUAACACGGUCAUACACCCUAUCGCCUAAAACGAUCACCUUCGAUGUAGUAACUCAGAUGGAUGAACGUUUUUAUUAAAAAAUUCAACUUUCUGACACGUCAUCUGGGAAUCAAAUUUUUAGAAAUCUUAUUUCGGUCGCUAUGGAACUCUAAGGCCCGAUUUUACUGCUAACUCGCGAGAUCUAAAAUUUUGAUGAGGAUCUAUAGACCGAUGAAAAGUAAAAGAUAUCUAAAAAAGUUGUUUAUACAAGUUACCUAUAUGCAAAAAUACGCUCAAAGUCAAAAAAAUAGUAAUCCAACCUUACAAAAGUUUUAUACUAAAAUGAAGCUUACAAAAAGGAUAUAAAAAACCGUAAAAAUAUAUAGGAUGUUUCGUUUGAGUUUUUUGAGAAAAAUUACUUUGAUAUCACGUUUAUAGAAGAUGCACAACACUUGAAAAACGUUUAAAUGACUUGAAACCACCAAAUAUGAAGCUAAUUUUAACGGAAAUUUAUGUUUAUUUGCGACUAACUUACAAGUUGAGUGGUUUUCGGACAAAAUAUCUCAUACCUCAAGAAGUAUCGAUCCAAAUCAUAUAAGCUAUAUCGUGCUUCUUCAUUUGGAAAUACUUCAGAAUAUUCUAGAACUACUACUACUAUUUAAAAUUAUAUUUUUAAGUUGCACAAUGUCAUGAAUAACCUUGGAAAGAGUGGAAUAUUUUACAAGUAAGGAGCCAACAAAACUUUUUAGAUAUCUAAAACAAUUGAAUUUUACCAAAAUCAUGUUUUACGUUUUGGGAAAACUGUUUUAUGAUUUUAGUUUAUAAUUUCAUUUAUUGAAAAAAAUUGUUUCAUUUUUCAUCACCUUAUUAAAUGGUGAACCUUCUAUAAUUGCUGAAAGUUAAGUUCGUAUUUUCAGCAUGAGAGACUAUAGUGACCGAUUUUUAAUAUCAGUAUUAGGUACCAAAAAUAUUAAAGCAAAUAUAUUGUGGCAUUUUUAUAUUAUAGACUGAUAAGCUGGAAAUUACACUUUAGAAACGCAUUAGUAUGAAUCUCUUAACUUUAUUCGUAAUUCUUUUUGAAAAGUCACAAUUUUAAUCAACAACCAUUCAAGUCUAAGAGCUCGAUCAGAGUCACAUUUCUUGAUACCGAGUUAAAAAAUUGAACCAAAAUGGAUUGCGAAUAUUUUCGUGCUAUUUUUAUUUAGUGUUUUGUUAUAUUUGCAUGUUGUUAGUGUUUCUAUACCUGAUAUGUUGAUUUGUGAUAUUGCGACAUAAUUUCAAGUGAUAUUUACCAUUUUAGUUACCACUGUUUACCAUAUUAUUCAGCUUUUUAUAUUUAUAUAUUUAGAUAAUAUAGUGUAUAUUCCGUAGUUGACAUCAAGUGCUUUUUUAGAUGUUAAUCGACUACGAACAUUCAUUCGAAAAGGGUUGUAAGCUAUAGUUCCAAAAAGUGUCAAUUUGCCUGAAACCACACGAGUAACUUUAAUAACUAACCUUUCUCCCUGAAGCGGAUCCCUGACUUUUCUGUAUUCUCUGAAAAUACAAAUCAGCGCCUAGAUGUGAAGCGUUGCGAAAAUGAUCGAUGUGCGAUGCGUCAUUACUAAUUUUUCUGCGAAUUGCACACAACGCGGGCGCGGUGGCGAUUUCUCGUAGUGCUCCUCAAAGUUUUUGAAAACACAAAAAAUGGGAAAAAUCGUAAUUUAUAACUUUGAACAUAACCUGUUUUCAGAAAGGACAACAUAUAAAUAACAUAUGCAACCAACAAUGCGUGUAGUUGAGUAAUUCCUCCCUAGAUGGACGCUCACAGCGAUCCUAGUGAGCAAACGUAGAAUGACUGUUUGCACCCUAAAAACUACCUAAACUGUAUCCAUCGAAGAAACAAAGUAAAAUCAAACAUAUACACCCGUAUUGCACGUGAUCAAGAACUUAACCGUAAGAGACGCUACAGCGCCGUAUCAAGCUAUUGUGACUGAUCUAUCAAAAAAUGUCGUACAAGAUAAGUGUUGCUGUAAAUUCUAUCAAAAACAUAGUAAAUUAUCAGGAAUAUACCACGCCUUUCUAAUCAUAUUUCGACAUUAGGAAUCAGUGCAAAAAAUUCUGUAUUCACCAUUUCAGCAAAAUGUUACUAAAACGCACACGAAAAAAACUUGUGGACCAUCUCAAUUGAAAUCGUUCAUAUUCUAUUAUUAACUUACAUAUAUACCCAAUAAUAUUUACAAAUCAACCUUCUAUUCACAAUGCAGAGCAAAUUUUUUUGAGCAAAUAGAAACUACAGACGUAGUAGUAGUAGUACAAAAGUUUAUUACAGACUCCAUAAAGUUUGUUAGUUUGAUUACUAUUAAAAUUUACAUGAGAAAUAGGAACAAGGUCAAAAUGGCACUAUUAUGCUUUGGAACUCCUAAAUUAACCCUAAUUUUGUGUAAUUAUAAAUUUGGAAUUUCCACAUUAUUAACUAGAAACUUACACUUUGAUUGCAGUCUAUAAUGAACUUACCUGUCUUGCCAAAAAGCCCGUUAAAAUGCCAGUCUUAAUGGUAUCAAUCGAUUUAUAUGCUGUAUUCCGAGGAGUUUGAAUCAUCAGAAUUGUUGAUGUCAAUUAUAAGGGGUUCAACUUGGGUGUCAAUGAUAUUGUCCAUAUCCCACAUUUUGGUUUCAACCUUCUCUUGGACAUGGUCAAUACAUGUUCUCCAUUUUGCCGGCGUAAUUCUAUCGACAGCAACAUCAAACAGUUUUUUAAGGUCAGAAAACUUAAAAGUGCUGUUAUUUGACGCCACGUAUUGCUUGAUGUCGGCCCAAAUCAACUCGAUAGGAUUCAGUUCGCAGUGAUAGGGAGGCAGCCUGAGAAUCGUUUUAUUUUGGUUUUUGGCCAUUUCGUCAACAAUUUUUAAAUCAUAUUUAUACUUAUGUCGCUUGACUAUAUUUAUCAGCUCAGCUUUGACCAUUGUUUGGUCGAAGUCGAUCUUCUUUGAGACAAGCCACUGUUGAAUGUCUGCCUUUUUGGUGGCCGUUGUUGGAAUUUUUUCCAAUUUUCUGGAGGCAUUAUCCAUCACAAUAAUUGCGUUAUCAUCAAGUGUCGGCAAAUUUUUUUUGAACCAAUUUUCAAAUGAGUUACCAUCCAUUUCUUCGUGAUAGUCACCAGUUUUUUUGGAUUCAAAUGCCCACAAUGCUUCAGGAACAAAUCCAUCUACGCUACCUAUGUGGCAAAUGAUCAGGCGUUUUGCCUUGCCUGAAAGUAAUUAGUUAUUUUACUUCUCAGCGAGCGCACUAAAUGACGAAAUUAAGCAACUUACUCUUUUUAGAUUAGUGUAGGAUAGGGUCUUAGAUUAGUUUUUGGGUGAAGGAAAUACUCAGAAACUUGGAUGAGAUAGCAAAACUGAGUUCGGAGCUUCCAAAUCAUUGAUUCGAUCAGAAAAUGAAUUAUCUGCAUCCAAAAAAGUUCAUAUACUUCGAAACUUAUCUGCAGGAUUUUUCAAUCCCGUCAAAAGGCCAUCUAAAAAAGCCUGCCUUGAGGACCUCACAGAUCUGUCUACCCAAACCUUUCCCUGCGUAUGCCCCGCGUUCACCCAUGUUUUUUUUCUCGCUGGAUAUGUUUUUGGCUCAGAUAGUGAGUGAUUUUGUCUAUAUUCCUUCAAGAUUUUGUAAACACUUGAUCGACCUACUCCAGAAAUUUCAGCAACCUUACAUACGAUAUUUUCUAUAGCCAAUCCACUAUUCUCUUGCAUCUGGUUCUUGUAGAUAUUUAGAAUAAUUUGUUUUUCACCAGCGCUAAGAUGAAGCUUUUUAGCCCUUUUUCUGGGUGGCGUUAAGCUGAUUUCAACCACUUCAUCAGCUGUAUCUGUGUCAGACAUUUUAGACUAAUAUUAAAUUUCCGCAAGAAAAAUCAAGUCAAGACGUGCAUAAAACGUUCGCGCUCAUAAAUGGGUAUCCGUAACUGAUUACAAUCCUGUGCGUGGUGACGAACCAUCAACGUGACGCUGAGAGUUCCCUCUACUAUGCAGCGUUGCCAGGCUUAAUGUCACAAUGAUCAUGUUUUAUUGGGAAAAUUGUCAGAAAUCGCCGAAUGUUGAACAGAAACAUUACAAGAAGUCGAACCUUGAAAUGUGAAGCUACAAAUCGAUAUUCUUAUAGGGGGGAAGGGUAGGGAGCUGUUAUGGUUCCUAUUAACCUUGGUGAAAGUUGGAAACGGUAAUAUCAUAUAUGGCAUACAUUCGGUUGAAGGUGUAUGCACGGAAAAUAGAUUGCGGAUAGGAUUUUAAUAGAUAAAUCUGCAAAAAAAAACACAAAAGGAGAUUUUUGUAUUUCCCUGAAGAAUAUCUCAAGGUUAUUUCAGAUGUACUCAUCGAAACUUUAUGGAAGGAUUAUCGAAACCUUAUUUUCAAUUGCGAUAGGGCCACAUACCUCGACAUCGCAUUAAUGUGAAAAAUAAGACAAUAGAAAAAAAUUCCCUCACUGAUGCUAUCUCUUAGGAAAAAUUUAACUAUAAAGAUUGCACAAAAAUUUUCUUCACCUUUUUGAGCUUGUUUUCGCAUCUCCGUAUAUGCCGUUCAUAAUUUGCUGCAGAUCAAAUUGGAAUAUACCUUUGUGAUGCCAUUUAUUGUUAUAUAAUGUCCUUUACAACAGUUAUUGCACGUAUUGCACCAACAGAUUGAUUUGUGAUCCAUGCGAAUGUGAUCAACCACUCUGGCGAAAACUCGCCGAGCGUGGCAACCGUGCGACUUUGUCUGGAGGCUCGUCGCUACAAGCCAAUCAGGAAGAGGCCGACAGAGCGCCAUGGCUACCGAUCACGAAUCAACCACUGUUUACGAUUACUUUGUAGCUUCGUUAGAUACACUUUAGUCUGCAAGAUGACACUUCAUAGUUUUUUUUACGUUUUGUAUUAAGUAUUUACAUGAUACCCGUGCCCGAGAACUUUAGAUCAGGAUGCUCUAGUGAGCUUUUUCUCAACGUUUGAGCAAUAUUCACCGGGGACUGAUUCCUUCCUCGCCGGUAUGAGUGAGAAGUAAAAAGGGAGAGAGAACGGUGCUGUUAGUUUGUACUCGUGUGGUGUUCAACGGCAUUUGACACAAGAAAUGCAGGUUGUAAAGUAACAAACUCGGUUACGCGCUGUGUCAUUUAUAUAGUGCCAUAUAUUUUUUAGUUUCUCAAUAUUAGAAAUUGAUCGAGACAAUACAUUUAUGUAAGUGUUCUUAGAAGGCAGUUUUCAAAUUUGUAAGUGCCUGGUUCAGUUUACAAAUGUCUGGCAAGUUAUGAUAUGACUGUCACACUCUUUGCAUUUUUCGCUUAGCUCAUAGUUAGCCAUCAUGCUUUUCAUAAUUAAAAAACAUAAAGAUAUCUUAGUAUGUCUUUUACUUUUGACGUCAAUAAAUACGUAUUGUAGGUAAAUUUCAAUUAUUUAAUAAUACUUCGUGAAUUUAUACUUUUCAAACUUUAAUUCAAUCCAACCUUGACACUGCCUAAUUCUCUAUACAAGGUGGUACUGAGAUAUCUUUAUUCUAGAACAAAAUACAGUAAAUCUAAGCUUACGUCAAUUUUUAACAGUUUGCAAUAUUCCAUUUAAUUUGCUUAUGGAAUAUAUUUGUUUGUACAAGCUAUUGGAAUUGAGUUCCAUUUAUCUCAUAUUUAUGAGACGUAUUCAAUGCAUGCUUAAAAUAAGUUGCAGGUAAAUUCUAUAAGCAUACUCACCAGCUAAAAACCAUUUUUUAAUAUCAUCCUCAAAAGAGUAUUAACUCACUCGAUACAACAACCUUUUUCAACUACUUGUAACAUUCCCCUUAAAAGUAUACAUACAGUUAAAGACAAAAAUAGACAAGUUGGAAGUAAGUUGUGGACUACCUAAAAAGUCUCGCUGUAUAUUGUUGGAUACAGGGUGACUUCGAAGUUGAGUCAUUUAUUUUAACAGUGAGUAGAUCUGAUCAAAAGAAAUGUUUUUUCCUUUACCAUUUUUCUGGUAAAAUUAAAGUAACAAAGUUAUAGCCCUUUGGAAGUUUGAGUACCGCCCUGUCUCAAUAAUAAUAUCAUGUGCUCGUGUUUGGCAACAACGGAUAUAAUUCGCCUUAUCGGUUCAUCGCAUCGGAAACAAUAAAGCGAAAGAAUUUGGAACGAUGUUUUUACAAUUAUUUUAUUCAGUUCAGUUAUACAUACAGUCAGUGUCAGUCGGUAACGCGAGUGAAUAGUGUCUGUUGCGUGGCUCAAACGAAAUAAAAAAAUGGCACAUGUUUAUGCGGAUCGGUUUCCCAAUCGAGUGCAACCGACCCCUCGUGCCUUUGUUAAUGUAGUACAACGGGCUCGUGAAUCAGGUGACUUAAGACCUCACAGGGGACCUCACGAUCAAAUACAGGUCCGCACUGAAAUACUUGUCGGGGGGAUACUUUAUAAAACAAGGUAAACAUUUUUUUUUUAUUUUUACACACAUAUUUUGGUUUAUCUUCCUUCUACAAUCAUUAUCUGAAAAUUAAUGACUCAACUUCAAAGUCACCCUGUAUGAAUCUGAAAUAUGCGACGUUUGGCAUUUGUCAGUUUUUGUCUGUACUAUAUUAUAAUAGUCUCUGAAAGAUGUGCCAGUGUUUCUAGGAUAGAAAGUACAUACAUAAACAAAUAAAAAUUCUUCACGCUGUAUCUUUAGAUCCGUAUUUAUAGGAACUUUUUUGUUAUUUUUGGACGAACUUCCUAGCCUACAAAUAUUGGCACGUCUCUCUGGAUCACCCUGUAUACUUUUAACAUUAAUAUACGCGUGUUCGUUGUUUUUAUAAACGGAAAAUCUGUAAAAAAUGUACAGACUCGUCAUAUAUAAAAUUUUUAUACGGAAUUGUACAUAGUGUUGUGCUAACGUUUCAUGUGUAUGGGUCAUUGCUAAAUUUUAUUGUAAUAUUCUGUUUAAUGUCAAAAAUUGGAUGGUCGCGCUUUUAUGCAUAAUUGUUGAAUAUUACAAUUAAUAGAACUAGGAAUUUUAAGGAAUUUACCAUUGCUCAAAUAUUUUAUUUUUACGUAAGGCAUUUAUUUCCAAAAAUUAUUUUAUAAUGGCUAUUGGAAAUAAAUUCUCUCAAGGCCGUAUCAAUUAUUGUAGGAAACCUUUAUGGCCUCCUUGAUUUUCAUAGUAUUUUCUCUCCUACAGAAAGGCUGGAGUAUUUCUGUUCCUUGUGAUCCUCAUCACUCUCCUAUUGUGAGGUUAAGUUUUAUUUUUAAAUUGUAUGAAAUUUCAGGCGGAUAUAACAGAUGAUAAGUCAAAAGCAUGCAUUGCUCUAUAGUUGAGUGGGAAGAUCAAAUCAAUUUUUUGUAGACCUGGUAUGGUGAUCAAUCAAAAAAGCGUGCCAUCGCAAAUUUUUGUCUAGUAAUAAAAUAUACUACGGAAAUUUUUGUACUCGAAUCGUGAUGGUGAUUGUUUAACAUAUUUUUGACGUCUGUAACUAACUAUAUAACUAUUUAUUGAUGAUGCUGAGUGGUGCUUGGUGAGGUCCAUAUUAAGUCGGAAUAAAGAAAAUAAUAUUAAAAUAACAAGCAUAUUGAUGGAUUUUUUAAACCAAGCAUCGUCAGUUUUAUCGACUAAUUUUAUAACUAUGUAACAAAAACCCUCGCUUCCUAAUCAUUGAUUCAAUAUGCUUUGCAUAGCUUUACUAUUAUACAAAAUUGAUUAAUCGAACGGUUCUUCCACAAGAUAGUUUUUCACGGCUGCUUCUAUAUACUUGCAUAUUAGUUGUAGCUGCCUACAUGACAAAACAUUAUUUUAUGAGUAAAAUCAAAGCUAAGAUUUAUGGAAAAAUCAUGCUUGGAAUUUUAGACUAUUUCAUAAAAUGUGAGAAUUUGUUUGUAGGCAAGGCUUUUUACACGAUUCAUAUUUUCAUUGAAUAUUUUUUGAUAAGCCAUAUGCUUGAUGGUUGUGAAUCUCUAUACCUGCAUUUGUGAGGUUUUGACUCACUUCAUUAAACGACAUUAUGCAACAAAGUUAGUUUCAUAAAUCCCCAGAAAAAAUAUUCCAAAAAUCUUCCCCAUUGAAAUAAAAAUCCCUGACUUUUGGGGAAAAUCUCCUAAUAUAGCAACCCUGGAAUCCAAACUAAAUUGUGAGGACGUGAAGUGAGUAGCGCCAGCGGAAGGAA